CCCGCCUCGCCGUCCGCCUCGCCAUCCGCCUCGACGUCCGCCUCGCCACCGCCCCGCGCCAAUGCCCGCAUCCACGAGCUCUCGCAGACGCAGCGCGAUUUCCUCUCCUCGGCACUGCGCGUCAACCAAACCGGCGAACUGGCCGCGAUCCUAAUCUACGCCGCGCAAACCCCGCAGCUGAUCCGAUCACACCCCCGCCUCCGGCCGCUGAUGGCGCACAUGUACGCACAAGAAGCAGGGCACUACGCCUUCUUCAACGACGUGAUUGCGCGGCACCGCAUACGGCCCACGGCUAUGACGCCCGUGUGGACGGCUGCCGCGAGCUUGCUCGGCUGGGCGACUGCCGCCAUGGGGCGCGAGGCCGCCAUGGCGUGCACCGAGGCUGUGGAGACGGAGAUUGGGACGCAUUACAACGAGCAGGUUCGCGUGCUGCUUGAUUGGAGUGAAAAGUGUGAGGCGAGGGGGGAGACGCUGGGGCCCGAGCUGGAGAGGCUGGUGGGCGAGCUGAGGCGGAUAAGGGAUGAGGAGUUGGAGCAUCUGGAUCACGCCGUGGAAAACGACGCGAAGCAGGCAAGGCCGUACGACGUGCUUACCCAGGGCAUACGCGCGGGGUGUCGCGGGGCGAUUUGG